AUGUGGAGCGAGACGAGCGAGCAAUGGUUCUUUGCAGCACAUGCAAAGACAGACUCGAGCAAGCCACAGGCGAAACGUUGGGCAACGGGCAGUCAAUGGGCUGCCAUUCCGUCCAGGCCAUGGCGUGGCAUGGCUGCCAGGCACAGCCGCUGUCAAGAGCGGGCUCACGGAAGCAGAGGGGGGCGAGGCAUGGAGGGAGGAGUACCAGCAGCGAUGCGAGGCAUUUUACCCUGGGCGUACCUUGCAUUAGCAGCUGUCGUGGAGGAGGGCGGGCGCACAGCGCCAUUUGCCAGACUCCUGCGAUGGGAGAGAUAG